CUCCGGCCCCUACAGAGUCAGAACAGGGAGUCCAUCACUCAGGUGAAACAGAGUGAGAGGCCAGACAAGAAAUGUACCUUUUCAUUCUAGACUGGUGAAUGAAGUCAACCAUCGCAUUUCGAAUACCACCCAGAAAGCUCCUGCUCCCUCCGUUACCAUCAGUAACGUCUCUGCUUCUCCUCCGACGCCCAAAGCCCUUCAGCCGGGAGGCUACAACCCCCAGGUGGUCCAGAGUCGGAUCUCUGAAGUGCUGAAGAAGUACUACAGUGGUCUGUGGCUGUCCAAGCUGCCCUGUGUGUACCGGAACAUGCACAACCAGGACCUACCUGGUGAAGUGGUCAUAGACCUGGAGAACUGGACACAUGUCUGCUCAGUUGAGAAGCCCGUUAGUACCAAUCGAGCAGAUAGGCUGGUCUAUCCCCCUCAGCCCAACCCCCCCAGCCUUGCUGUCGCACCAGUCAAACCCGCAACGGCCCCUUAUACUGUCAAACCAGCGACAACCCUCCUAGCUAAACCCAUCACUACCGCUCUAGGCAAACCAGUCACCACCAACCCAAUGAAACUGGCCCCUCUAUUCUACUCACUGCAGAGCCCCUCCUUGAACCAGAGUCAGACCUCACCCACUCCACCGGCCCCCUCGUGGAAGCACUCCCCGACCCAUACCCCCACCUCUCCAAUUACCCCCUCUACCUUGUGGAAGCCCUCUCCUUCCCACCUUCUCCCUACACCCACCUAUAAUUUGUGGAAACCCUUCCCUACUUCCACCUCGCCCUCAUGGAAGCCCACAACUACCACUUUCUCCCCUACUCCCCCCCCAACUCCUCCCUUCCUCACCUCCCCCACAUGGAUGGGCUCCCCUACCCCCACCACCCCUAUCCCCCUCUCCCCUACAGCGGUGAGCAUCCCUGCGGAGGCGUGCCUCAGACUCAAGGAGCUGCUGUCUAAAUACAGCCACGGCCUGUGGGCCCACGCCCUACCAGGAGACCUUCAAGGCCCCCCUUCCCAGAGGACAUCCUGGCCAACCUGUCUCUCUUACAGGACAUCUGCACUGUGGAGUACCCCAUGCCUGACAACAAAAAUAAGGCCAUCCUUUACGGCCCCGUCACGGACUACAAGGCCAAGGUAG